AUGCCAAAUACCACUGUCAUUGCAACAGUCCGAGAUGUUUCAAUUGAGAGCACAUGGGAAUUGUCUUCACUACCCAAGGGGCUGAACUCGCAAUUGAUUAUCUCCCAACUUAAUUUGAACGAUUCUUCAAGUGCCGCUGAAGCUCUUUCGCGAAUUCAAAAGGAGAAUGUGGUUGAUCACAUUGAUGUGGUCAUCGCCAACGCGGGGAUUUGCAACCAUUGGGGAUCUAUACAUGACAUGGAAGACUCCGAUUUGAUGGCCCACUUUGAGGUGAACACAUUGGGCCUACUGAGAUUGUUCAGGGCAACUGUACCAUUGUUGAAAGUCAGCCAGCAGCCUACAUUUGUGUAUAUUUCCACCACACUGGCAAGUAUUGCUGGAUUAGGAAAUUCGCCAUCAUUGACCGCUGCAUACGGAGUUUCAAAGGUCGCGGGUAAUUAUCUUAUAAAAAAGAUCCACGGAGAGGAUGAUACCUUGAUCGCUUUUUCAAUUGACCCUGGAUUUGUUCAAACUGACAUGGGCAACCGGGGUGCCCAGUACGGUGGCUUAGCCGAGGCCCCGGUGACCAUUGCUGAAAGCGUAGAGGGAAUCAUCGAACAGAUCAAGGUGUCAACAAAGAGUACAAACUCCGGGAAGUUCAUGCAGUUCAACGGCGGCACCUUGCCAUGGUAA